CCCCAGAAUAAUGCCCACAGAGACAAAAAAGGGGAUGACCACAGUCAUUGGCGUUAUGGAGGCGCGCCGCCAUGGCCCCAGGUGUCCCCCGCCUGCGCUGGCCGUUUUCAAUCCCCGGUAGAUAUCCGUCCAGAGCUCACCGCGUUUUGCCCAGCCCUGCGACGCCUGGAACUCCUUGGCUUUGAACUCCCGCCACAACCAGAACUGCGCCUGCGCAACAAUGGCCACACCGUGCAGCUGAGUCUGCCUCCCGGGCUGGAGAUGGCCCUGGGUCCCGGGCAGGAGUACCGGGCCCUGCAGUUGCAUCUGCACUGGGGGGCUGCGGGUCGCCCGGGCUCGGAGCACACGGUUGGCGGUCACCGUUUCCCUGCCGAGAUCCAUGUGGUUCACCUCAGCACUGCAUUUGCCAAAGCUGACGAGGCCUUGGGGCGCCCGGGGGGCUUGGCCGUGCUGGCCGCCUUUCUGCAGGAAGGCCCCGAAGAAAACAGCGCCUAUGAGCAGUUGCUGUCGCAUUUGGGAGAAAUCGCCGAGGAAGACUCUGAGACUUGGGUCCCAGGACUGGAUGUAUCUGCAUUGCUGCCCUCUGACCUCAGCCGCUACUUCCGAUAUGAGGGGUCUCUCACCACACCCCCCUGUGCCCAGGGAGUCAUCUGGACUGUGUUCAACCAGACAGUAAAGCUGAGUGCUAAGCAGCUCCACGCCCUCUCUGACUCCCUGUGGGGACCUGAUGACUCUCAGCUACAGCUGAACUUCCGAGCUACACAGCCUUUGAAUGGGCGAAUAAUUGAGGCCUCCUUCCCUGCUGGAGUGGACAGCAGCCCUGGGACCGAUGAGCCAGUCCACCUGAAUUCCUGUCUCGCUGCUGGAGACAUCCUGGCCCUGGUUUUUGGCCUUCUCUUUGCUGUUACCAGCAUCGCCUUCCUUGUGCAAAUGAGAAGGCAGCAAAGACACCCAAGUGGGACCAAAGGAAGUGUCAGCUACCACCCGGCAGAGGUCACGGAGACUGUUGCCUAGAGGCCUGCAACUUGGAGAAUGUGCAGAAAUGCUGGCCAGAGGAAUCUGAGGGGUAGCUGGAGACUUUGUCCUGCCCAUUAUACUACUUCCUUUGAAACCUCCAAAGAUAUUUUUUUUAAUAAAUAUUUCUAAUAAAAUCUGUGGAAGGCGUAUCCUUGUUCCCCAAAUCAACAGGCUGGUGUAUUCAUCUCCUAUUGCUGCUGUAACAAAUUACCACAAACAGUGGUAAUGGAAAUUUAUUCUCUUAAGAGUUCUAGAGGUCAGAUGUUCAAAAUGAAUCUUAUGGGCUAAAGUCAAGGUGUUGGCAGGGCUGGUUCCUUCUGGACACUCCUGAGGAGAGGAUAUUUUCUUGCCUUUUUCAGCUUCUAGAAGCCAAGCAUUCCUUGGCUUGUGGCCCCUUCCUUGCAUCACUCCAAUCUCUUGCUUCCAUUGUCACAUCUCCUACAACUGCUUUUAACCUUCUUGCCACCCUAUUAUAAGGACCCUUGUGAUUAUGUUGGGCCUACCCAGUUAACCUAGAAUAACCUCCCCAUCUCAAAAUCCUUAGCUUAACUAAAGUCCCCUUCCCAUGUAAGGUAACAUUUCACAGGAUUAGGGUAUGGACAUCUUUGGUGGGGGGACAUGAUUCUGCCUCAUGUAGAUGUUAUCAGGAAGCAGGGAGAAACGACCGAUAUUGUUGGAAUGACUGUGUGCGUGGGCAGGCUUGGUCUCUAGGCUUAAAAGCACACUGAGGCUUUUGGGUUUUCACCCUGCUCAAGUAAAACCUAUGUAGCUUUGCAGUUUUGCCUUCCAGUCGUGCUGUCCGGCCCAGCCGCUUGCUGGAAUGGGGCAGUGCCGCUGACAGCAGCUCCUUUGCUCUGUGGGGAGUAAGGGCCAGAUGUUGCCCCAGCCCUGCCAGGCUUCUCUGCUUCACACAGCCUGUUCAAAACCUCUCCUCAGUGAGCCCAGUGCCCCACCCCUCUGGCUCACUCAGGGGUCCUUCCAACUCCACUCUUUCCCUGGGGCAUC